AUGAUAACCACACACAGUGGGAGAUUUUUGGUUCAAACUUCGAUAGGAUGGAAGACGCCGAAAUAUUCGUGUGUGAGGAGAAGUGCACCAUCAAUCAAGGCACUCUCGACCAAAUCGAAAUUGUUGUGCUUACUUGCUGAUGGAUCCGCCCCACCUUCUGGUUGUAGCGUGCGAAUUGUUGGUCAGUUGGGCGACUACAAGAAGUUCACUAUGUACGUGACGAAAAACACUCAUAGCGUCGCAGUAAUGACAGAUCAAUCCCAGCAGCGGAAAUCUUCAAGAGCUUGGAAGAUUGUAAUAGCCGUAAUUGUCGUAAUUAUAAUUUUGGCUGCACUUGGAGCAAUCAUUUGGUUGGCGCGUAAAAAGAUGAAGAGCCCGAAAGAAGUUGUCGAUAUGGGCUCCACGAAUUACCCGCUCGGAAAUGCAUUCAGAUUUGAACGACACUUCGGAAUUGUUAGUCGGGCAACUUAUACCGCUCCAGACGGAACGACGAAGAAAGUCGCCUGCAAAAUUCUUAAACAGAAGGUAGAAGGCGUUGGCGACUUCAUCCUCGAAGGGGUCGACGAGUAUGAUGUAGAACCAAAAGCAUGA